CAUACACAUUCACAGUAGAUUUCGUUGUUUUGAAUCAUCUUUUUUUUUCUACUUUGACUUUAUAAAUUCAUUAGACUGUUUCUAUUGCAAAUCGAAGGAAUUCCUAUUUUGCAUCGCAUUCAAUUAGUAUAUUGCGAGUGGUUUUUUCAUCGCGAAUAAAAUUUGUUCAACAUCACAUAAAUUUUUUCUUUUUUAGAUUAAAGUGUAGAAAAGAAAAUCUGCUAAAAUGGAGUGGCUAUUUGGAAAACGAAUGACACCCGAUGAAAUGUUACGAAAAAAUCAGCGAGCACUAAACAAAGCGAUGCGUGAUUUGGAUCGUGAAAAGAUGAAAAUGGAGCAACAAGAGAAGAAAAUCAUCAACGACAUCAAAAAAUUGGCAAAAGAGGGUCAAAUGGAUGCGGUGAAAAUUAUGGCAUUGGAUUUAGUGCGAACACGUCGCUAUACUAAGAAGUUUAUGUUGAUGAAGGCCAACAUUCAGGCCGUUUCAUUGAAGAUCCAAACAUUGAAAUCACAGAAUACGAUGGCACAGGCAAUGAGCGGUGUAACCAAAGCCAUGGCAAACAUGAAUCGACAGUUGAACCUGCCACAAAUCCAGAAGAUUUUGCAUGAAUUCGAAAAGCAAUCGGAAAUCAUGGAUAUGAAAGAGGAAAUGAUAAACGAACACAUUGACGAUGCGAUGGAGGACGAGGGCGACGAAGAGGAAUCAGACGCUGUCGUUUCACAAGUAUUAGAUGAAUUGGGCUUGCAAUUAGGUGAUCAAUUGUCUGGAUUGCCACAGGCAUCCGGAUCGUUAUCGGUUGCGACUGGUAGCAAACAACCACAAGCUGCCGCAAUCGGUGCUGCCGGAGGCAGCGGUGGUAGUACUCCAUUAGAUGCUGACGCAGAUUUACAGGCUCGGUUGGACAACUUGCGACGUGAAUAAACAUGCUUUGUUCCUGUUCAUUGCAGCUCAAUCUUAACGAACACCUAUCUUUUCGAUUCUACAAUUCCCCAAAAAAAAACAAAUUCUAUUUUUAUGAAAACCAAUUUUUGUUAUAACUAUUUAAGAAGCUGAUAUGUAUCGUUUGCGAGUAUCAUACUCAAGUGCGGAUUAAAAUAAAGAAUAAAAUGAAUGGACACGAAAUUUGUUUAGGAAAAUACACACCUAGGAAUUUAAAGUGCCUACUUUUUAAUGCCGAAACAUCCAAUAGGACUCACCAAUUUCAAAUGUAAUAAUACUACACACAUGAUACAUGUAUGCCUAAUAAAUGUAUGUAAAUAAGCUUAUACUGAUGAACUCAACUUAAUACAAUUUUAAUAAAUCGAAUACACAAUAGCAUUACUGCGACCAAAAUCAA